ACCCAGAAAAAUAAAGACAAGACAAGAGGGGAGGGGAGGCAGAGUGGGAGGGAGGUAUAGGGAGAUAACAGAUCAGAGGGAGGAAGGGAGAGGUCAAAGAAGUGUGAAUUCAGCAGUAGGCAGGCUUCUGCUCACCUCCAACACAAAGACUUCACAGGACCAAGCACACGGAGAGGUUUCCACUCCGGAAUAUCUCCUACACGCCGGUUUGUCUUCUUCGAUAGCCUUGGAGAAUGGUGGGACUCUCAUCCACUGCUGUCGAGGCGAUGGAGGUGUUGGUGAGUGAGCUCGGCGUCCUGCUGAAGAUGCUGGACCAGGAGAGCCUCAGCUCCUCCACGGAGGAGAAGAAGACCUCCGUGUGGAACCUCCUGCAGCAGAUACAGCCAUCAGUUUCAGGAACAGACUACAUCUACAUGAACUCAUCAGUGUACAGAAAUGGCACCAGCUUCGUAGAGUCCCUUUUUGAGACAUUUGACUGCGAGCUUGGAGACCUAAAGGAGGUUACAGAUGAUCUGAAAGAAGACGAGAAGACACAGACUGACGCUUUAAAACAGAACUGUGCAGACUCGCCAGCCCCGAGCUCAGCAGACUUUCCUCCCCCUCUGCCCACAACACCUCCUCCUGAGGACUAUUACGAGGAGGCAGUGCCCCUCAGUCCUGGCAAGUUGCCCGAGUACAUCAUCACACGAGUCAGGCCGAGCCCACCCAACUCUAUCGAGGAUGGGUAUGAAGAUGCCGAAAACAACUACCCCACUACCUCCAUAAACACGCACCGCAAAAACUCAUACAACGACUCUGAUGCUCUGAGCAGUUCCUACGAGUCCUACGAGGAGGACGAGGAAGAGAGGAGCCCUGGCGUCCGACUCACUCAUCAGUGGCCCUCGGAUGAGAGCUCCAUGCCUCCUGCCAGGGACUGUCGCAUCUGUGCCUUCCUGCUGCGCAAGAAACGCUUUGGCCAGUGGGCGAAACAGCUCACGGUUAUACGGGAGAACAGACUACAGUGCUAUAAGAGUUCUAAGGACACAAACCCCUAUGUGGACCUGCUCCUGCCCCAAUGCGCCGUGGUGUAUGCACCCAAAGACAGCAAGAGGAAGCACCAUGAACUCCGUUUCACCCUACCCAAUGGAGAUGCACUGGUGCUGGCUGUGCAAAGCAAGGAGCAGGCCCACAGAUGGCUUGGGGUCGUUAGAGAGGUGAGCGGUCAGAGCGCCGGGCCUGAGGACUCUGGGUCUCCAAUAAUUCCAAGAAAAAUUGAACUUGACAAGAGGCUAUCGGCAGAGAGGAACACAUCGGACUCGGACAGUGUGGGUGUGUCGACUGUUGAGAACUGCCGAGAGAAUGGCAAGGUGAAACGGGGGGCUUUUGCUGCGGGCCGUAAAAUCACACGUAUCAUCAGCUUCUCCAAGAAGAAGCCCCCUCGGCCGGGAGAUCCCCGGACUUCCUACACCAACCCUCGACAAGGCUACGUGUCGGUACUGGUGAAUCAGGUGUGGGGGGAGCAGUGGUGCUGUGUGAGCCGAGGCUCCCUGCACUUCUACCACGACAAAGGAGACGCUCGGACCUUCCUGCCUUCACUCCCUCUCCACGGCUGCGAGGUGGUCCCGGGGCUGGGACCCAAACAUCCCUUUGCCUUCCGAAUCCUACGGAACAGCGCGCCGCUGGCUGCUCUGGAGGCCAGCAGCUCUGAGGAACUCGGGAGGUGGCUCGGCGUCCUCUUGGCAGAGACGGGCUGCGCUACUGAUCCAGAGUCCCUGCAUUACGACUACGUCGACGUGGAAACCAUCGCUAACAUCCGCGACGCUGCGCGCCAUUCCUUCCUGUGGGCCACGUCCUCCAGCAGUACCUGCACUGACUCCAGAACGUACGAUGAGGUCCCUAAUGAGGACAUGCAGUCAGGGGAGAGCCGGCAGCAGUCUGGGAAUCAAGGGAAACGGCGCUCAAGUUUCUCCAGCAGCGACUCUGACAGAACCAAGCCUUCAGUCUCCCUCAAACGAACGGGCUCAAACGCCAACCAAUAUGGAAGGUAUGGGAAAACGCGAGCGGAGGAGGAUGCCAAGCGCUACUCGAACGAGAAAGAGGAGCUGGAAAGAGAGAGGGACGGGAUACGAAAUACACUUGUGACCCUCCGGAAGGAGAAGAGGGAGCUGAAGGAGGAGCUGAAGACGGCUUCUGAGAGGAGGAAGUUCUCCCUGAACAAGCGCGUGUCCCAGCUGGAGGACGACUGUCGAGCUAAAGAGGCGCAGCGGGUGGACCUGGAGCUCCGGCUGACUCGGGUCCAAGAAAACCUCACGAUAAGUCUGGCCGGUGGAGCACUGGGUGCACCUUCUGAGGCAAAACCCCCGGUGAAGGCCUCCAGCAAAAAGACGCAGAAUAUCUACAGCGAGUCUUUGCCAGUGAACUGCGCGGCAGAGAUGCGUCGGAGACCUCUCUCUGUUUACGCUUCUUCGGGAACGGUCAUGCAGAAGGCAAAGGAAUGGGAGUCAAAGAAAAAGACCUAAGAGCAGCAUCAUGGAGAGGACUGGAGAAAGAAGGAGUGGAUGUCUGACUAUUGUCACCAAGGAAAACAUCACAUCACUACACUACACUUCCCAGACCACAGCCUUCUAAACUGAGGAAGAAAAACUGUAAUGAACUACAUCAGCCACUAGGUGGAGGUACAGCCCACUGAAUAUUUACUCUUCUGUCAUCCUAAAAGGACUUUGGCUCACGUGAGGAAGGACUGCUCACUGCCUGGAGCCAAGUGCUCCCGUUGUCUCUGGUGACAUUUAUUCAAACGUGGCAAACAGGAAAGAGCACAUAGUUUGUGCCAGAAAGACACAAGAAAGAUGUUUUUUUUGAAAAGCACAUUGCAUGUUGUUGAAAUGGAAAGGCAACCAGGGGGUUACAUUACAUGUAAUGUAAUGUACAUGUCGUACAGGGGAUUGCGUUCUCACGCGGCGUUGUGUACGGUGAAAUGUUUAAUUGUUAAGGUGCCGUGUGAGAAAUGUGACGCGUUUGGGGAAAUAAGUGGAUGGAGGUAGUUUAAGCCACAAUGUGCCUUUUUAUAUAGUAUGUUUGUUUUUCUUCUGCCUGUACAGAGUGAGAAAUGACUACUGUUAUUAUGUUUUAUACUUUUAUACGUUCGUUUCUCCUCAUUAGUCAUACCUGUCGGAGGUAUUCAGUUAUGUGCCAUGGAGUGUGGCAUCAUUGUGUAAGCACUUAUUAGCCUCUCCUCUCAGGUUGAAGCUGUGCUACACUGCAAAAAACAAAAAACAUCUGCUGUAUAAUCCUACAUCCACUUGACUCUUUUUGGAACACGUAAAAAAUAAAUACUCCCACUCGAGAUUGAGUGUCUAACAAAGUGGAGCUAUUCUGCGACACAAACCAACCUUAUUCUGUCAUUUUGAUCAACUCUUCUGCCGUACCUGUGGUUGACUUGUGCACUUUACUGUUCUCCUACCUGGAUAAGGGAAUAAUAAACGUGUCUUAUUCUCA